UUGUCAAUUGAGAUCUGCUUCUGGUGACUUUUCUCAAGAGUUGUGCGCACAAGUCUUGACACACACGCAUAUACAUAAAUCAAUCCCACACACACUCACUGAUAAAGCACACAGACACACUCACUGGACACACUUCACAUCACAUAGUUCCUGCUAAGAUGCCGCGUGCCAAGGGCCACAGGCGGGCACUAGCCUGCAGGACCAUGAUGGCAGAGCGGCGGUCUUUGACCCCUAUCCCUGUUGUCCCAGAGUUCGUCGCUCGGCGCGGCACUGGGUUCCGCCACCGCGUGCGGAGGUGGCCGACUUCGCACCUGACUGGCCGUCAGGUGAAGUUUGUCCCUCCAGCUAUCGACCCGGAGAAGAAGACUGUCUUCUUUAUCGGCGACUCCCACCUGAGGGGCCUGGUGGAUGGGGAUGUCGCCUUACCCAAGGUACCGCUCUCUUUCUCUUUUCUGUCUGUUCCAGGUGGAGGUGCAGCUGACCUGAGGACAGAGGUGGGGCGCCUGGAGUUCCCGUGGACCCCGGAUGUCGUCUGCGUGCUGGCCCCGAGCAACGACCUGGACCGUGGGCCCUCCUCCGCUGCGGCGGAGUUCGGCGCCCUCCUGACCAGCGUCCGCAGCCGCUGGCCCAAGGUGUUUGUUCUGGACUUCCCCCCGCGUCUGAACAAACCCGUGGGCCUGCAGGAUCAGCUGCGUCAGGAGCACCGCCGCGUCGCAGCACGCAUGGGUGUCCCAUUCGUGGCUGUGACCGACAGCUUCCUGCUGGAUCGGUUGGAGCUGUGGUGUCAUGACGGCGUGCACCUCAGCGACACAGGUGGCUCGCCCAUCCUGGUGAAGCUGUUGUGCGACGCUGCCCUCACCCUGUUCCCAACUGACCCCCCUGCGCCUCCUUCCCCUCUGACGGAUUGCCUGGAUCCCCAGACGUGGCCCAGGCUUGGAGACGAGGGAGAGAUGGACUGCAUCCCUGCAUCUGCUGGGUUUUGGAGGAAGAUGGCAGAGCGGCAGUCACGGAUCCCCAUGCCUCCUGUCCCAGAGUUCGUCGCUCGUGGCCCGCCCAUCCUGGUGGAGCCUGCGCCUUCUUCCCCUCGUCGGAGGUCGCCACCGGCCCAGGUGACAGGGCCAGACCCCCUGCCCCGUCGGCGCCAGGAUCCCCGGAGGUGGACAACGGUUGGACGGGAGCGAAAGGCUGGAACACUGCCGGUGCAACAGUCCCUUCCCAUCCCGUCCAACCCUGUGUGGUUCAGCAGUCCUAUGUUGGAUGCCAUGGAGGAGUUCGCUCCUUCCUCUGACUCCAACUGCACUGCUGUCCCACCACCUGGCCAGGCUUCUCCUGGAAGGCGUCGUCGGAGAGCUGUGGCUGUCAGGCGUGCUGGGCAGAGGGAGUUCACUUCUGACUCUGACUGCACUGCUGUCCCACCACCUGGACAGGCUUCUCCUGGGCGGUGUCGUCGGAGACCUGUGGCCGUCAGGUGCGCCGAGCGGAGGGAGCAGGUUGGUGUCAACGUUUUUCCCUUACAAUUUCAGGUGCCUGCGGUCCGUGGCGAGCCAACGGUCAUCAGGGAGGAGCCUGCUGUCCAGGAGGAAGCCCAGGUGCCGCUGCAGGUCUUCGCAGAUAAGAGCAGUUUGCUGAUGAAGAGGGUCCCUAAGCAUCGUCUCAACCCCCAAGAUGGAUUAGCUUGCUGGAAUAACAGACAUUUUUAA